AUGUUUGCCACGGUGUCUCUGCCACAGGGGCGGCUUCUCCUGGGGGCGGCGAUCGCCCUGCUGGUGGCCUCAUGCCUCGCCAGCUACGGAGCAGGAGCCGCGGGCGGAGGCGGAGGAGGCAGCGGCGACAGCCACGCCGGAGCAAGUGGCGGUCAGAGUGGGUGCAACGAUGGCAAAGGAGCGGCGUCCGGAGGAGGAAGUGGAGGCGGUGGAUAUGGCGGUUCCUCUGGAGGCGGAAGUGGAGGCGGUGGAUACGGCGGUUCCUCUGGAGGCGGAAGUGGAGGAGGUGGAUACGGCGGUUCCUCUGGAGGUGGAGGAGGAAGUAGAGGCGGUGGAUACGGCGGAUCCUCUGGAGGUGGAAGUGGAGGAGGUGGAUACAGCGGUUCUUCUGGAGGUGGAAGUGGAGGAGGUGGAUACGGCGGUUCCUCUGGAGGUGGAGGAGGAAGUGGAGGCGGUGGAUACGGCGGUUCCUCCGGAGGUGGAGGUGGAGGAGGUGGAUACGGCGGAUCCUCUGGAGGUGGAGGAGGAAGUGGAGGCGGUGGAUACGGCGGUUCCUCUGGAGGUGGAAGUGGAGGGGGUGGAUACGGCGGAUCCUCUGGAGGUGGAGGAGGAAGUGGAGGCGGUGGAUACGGCGGUUCUUCUGGAGGAGGAAGUGGAGGAGGUGGAUACGGCGGAUCCUCCGGAGGUGGAGGUGGAAGCACCGGAGGUGGAGGUGGAGGAGGUGGAUAC